CGUGUUUCCGUUCGCUCAGCAGAACAGAGUAGACCUCGUUCGGUUCGAUCGUUCCGAGCAGAUCCCCUGCUCCGCUUUUGUACGUGCAAACAAAACAUAUUCGACCUUUAGUUAAAGAUCCAUCCGCCGUUCAGCCAUGCGUGUGUUGAUGCUCCUGGCGGUGGCGCUGAUCUCCGUCCUCCCGGCGGCCGUCAGCGGCGCCGACAAGAAGAAGCUGCAGAUCGGCAUCAAGAAGAGAGUCGACAACUGCCAGAUGAAGUCCCGCAAGGGUGACGUGCUGAACAUGCACUACACCGGGAAGCUGGAGGACGGGACCGAGUUCGACAGCAGCAUCCCCCGGGACAGCCCGUUCACCUUCACCCUGGGCACCGGGCAGGUGAUCAAAGGCUGGGACCAGGGCCUCCUGGGGAUGUGCGAAGGCGAGAAAAGGAAGCUGGUCAUCCCCUCCGAGCUCGGCUACGGGGACCGAGGCGCGCCGCCCAAGAUCCCCGGAGGCGCGACGCUCAUCUUCGAGGUGGAGCUGCUCAGCAUCGAGAGGAGAUCCGACCUUUGAUGGAGGAAUGAGUGGUGGAGGCUGCUUUGAUAUGAUUCCAGACGGGACCAUGGCACAGAAUGGAAAAACAUCCCCAUGCCCAUGUGAAAGCCAAACCUGGGAAUAAUGUGUGGUGCCAUCUGUAGACCGACUGUAUUCCACUUAAGCUUAUAGGUUAAUUGAAACAUGAUUUUUCUCCCUUUAACAAUUUAGUCAACUGUAUUCCACUUAAGGUUAAUUGAAAUGUGAUUUCCCCCCUAAACAAUUUGGUCAACUGUGUGCAAAGGCAAAGUCCUAACUGUAUUGAUAUUAGACGCAAUGUGCCCAAAACCAGUAAUUAGGUGUUUGUUAUUAUGUAUUCUAGAUUAAAAUAACCUUGCAUUGGUUUUUUUCUCGUUGAUACGAGAAUUCUUCUAUUUUUGAGAAUUCUAACUAUUUUGCUAAACCGUUUUGUAGAUUGUUGCCUUUUUAUCUGAAAGAAUAAUCAGAUGGUAUAGAUAAAGUUCGUUUUUUGUUAAAAUACGUUUUUGAAUUGUAAUAAAAAUUGAAGCUGUAUGUGA